AUGUGUUCACCUAAUGCUAUCGUUACACCACAUGCUUACCAGCGUCUUUUCAGCCCAAGGUCCUGCAAGAUACCCAAGGCGCGUCAACUCGACAAACGCGCUGUCGCGCGAUCACGCCUGCUUGCCCGCAUUGAGUGGGGCAAACAGCGUCGAGCUCCACAUUCAAGCGACGACACAGCAAGCGCUCGGCACGCUACUCGUCGCGACUUUACCAUAAGCAUGGCCGGGGAAGAUUUGAAGAGAUACUUAAUUGUGCCUCCACUUUCUUCUUCCUCUUCAUCAUCUCUUCUGUCUUCAAGUCCGACUGCUAGCAGUUCAAGAAAACCAAUCCCUGCUCCUCGCAGCUCGGAUACGAAAUACGAGCAAACAGGCUCCACCAACAAGGCUGAGAAACGCAAGAUGGAAGUCGAUACACACACCCCUCUACCCACUUCUCUCGGGGGUGCGCACGCAGAAACGAUGGAUAAGAGUACACCGCUUGACGGCGUCAUCAGCAUUGAUGAUUUCUUGAAUCAGAAUAGGGACGCUCAUGAAGCUCAGAAACUCGUCAAGGAAACCAAACAACCCGCACCUCCUCCCUCCAAGAAGCCUAAACCCACGAAGCAAAACCCCACUCCCCUCACACCCGUAGCAGUAGGUGCGCGCUCAUCCCGCCACACCAUCCUCCUACAUGAAAAGUACCAAGCCCUCGGCAUCCCACAACCACUCUUCACUUACGGAGGGAGCGGUGAGACGGGAUGGACUGUUUCUGUCAGCUUUCCUGGUCUGGAUGAUGCGGAGGAACUGCAGGGAUUGGAGUUCGAUGAAGAGAGGAAGUUCAAUAGUAAGCAAGAAGCCAAGGAGGCUUUGAGUCAGAAGGCGUUGGCUGUCUUGGAAGAAUUAGAGAAGGAGGGUAGAGUGAAGAAAGGUGGGAAGGGAAAGAAGAAAAAGCAGGACAACUCUGAGGAGCAGGUCGUCCAGCCGGUUAAAGAGGAGAAGGGACCUGAUGAGAAUUUUGUUGGGAAGUUGCUUGAAUUCCAGCGCGCAACCGACUCCCCCCAACCAACAUACACAGACUACCAAUCCGGUCAACGCUUCUCCUGCCUCAUCACCAUCGAAGGCGAAGGCGAAGGCCAGCAAUUCGGCUCCAUAGAAAACCUCUUCUCGUCCAAAAAAGCCGCGAGGCAAGACGCCGCCCGCCACGCUGUCGAGCACUUCAAAGCCCUGGGUACAUGGCCCGACGACGACACUGCCGUCGGCGGCAUCAAGAAGAAGAAGAAAGCUCAACCUACCGAUCCUGAGAUAGUCUCAAUAUCAACACCAGACGGCUCAUCGUCUACAUCCCCCAUCCAAGCAACCAGCACAACCCCCGCACCCUCAGGCACCCCCUCCUACGCCUCCCGCGUCGCCUCCCUCGCCGUAACCCUCGCACUCCCCACACCCGAAUGGUCCUACACACCUCACCCCUCCGACCCCACCUUCCACACUGUAUGCUGUUUCUUCAAGGGCGCAGGACCGCAUGAGGGACCAAUUGGUGAGGUAAGGAAUAUUUAUGGGAAGAAGAAGGCGAAGGAGGAGUGUGCGAGACUUACGUUGGAGUAUCUUAAGGAUGUCAAGGAGAAGAGGAUGCAGUAUGGGAUGAGUGUUAUGAGGGGGGUUUUGGGGAGUGAGGGUGUAGAGGGCGUGAUUGAAGGGGGAUUGGGCAGGGGGGUUGAGGGGGGAGGGGAAAAGAUGGGUGGUGGAGAGGGGAAGGGGAAGAGGGUUGAAAGUGCGGGUGGGAAGGUGAGAUUGGGAACGGGGUUGGAUAGUGUGGAUGAGAGGAUGAUGGAUAUGAACACGGAUAUGGGGGAGAGUAGCGAGGAUGAGGUGUUUGCUGAUGCUAUGGAGGGCUAAGAGUUGAUAUCCACAUAGGAGGCGUUGGAUUGGGAUAGAAGACUGGCUUGUACAGGAACUAUGGGUGCUGUACAGCGGGCUGGGUUCGGUACAGGAGAACCUUGGGGUUGGCUGUAGUAUAGGUCUCUGAUGAAUACCCGUACGAGAUACCACGGCUCUAAACUUGUGCCACUUAUACUCAACACA